AUGGGCGGCCCGAGCGGCUCUAACAGCAGCAGUUCCGCCAGGCGCUCGUUCCCGCGACCCUGGCCCGGGCCUCACCUCACAUCUCCGCGACCCCGCCUCGCCUCGGCCCGCAGCUUCUCCCCUUGCCGGGGCCAGAGGGGCAAGCGGGGGCGGGCCUCUGCGACGAGCGGCCAAUGGGGACCAAGCCUGGAGGCCGGGGCGUGGCAGCCCCGGCGCGACGCCUCGAGUGGCGGUUGUUUCAAGAUGGCGGGCGCGGCGGCCCCCUCCCUGCCAGGCUCUGCGUUCUGGAGCUGCGACUUUUCUGAUGAAGAACAAUCAGUAGUUUAUGUUCCAGGUAUCUCCACAGAAGGAAAUACAAGAUCGAGACUCAAGUUGGGAAAUCCAAAAGUUGAUGUUAAAAUUAAAACUUCCAGGAUGACUGAUGCUUCCGUCUGCAUUGGGUCUUUAAAAGGUGCAGGAGACUCAGUAACUGAACAGAGUUUCUGCAAGGGAGGAAUGAAGAGUGCAUCAUUGAAAGAUUUAUGUCUUGAAGACAAAAGACGCAUUGCCAACUUAAUUAAAGAACUGGCCAGAGUGAGUGAAGAAAAGGAAGUGACAGAGGAACGACUGAAAACUGAGCAGGAGUCCUUCGAGAAGAAGAUUCGGCAGUUGGAAGAACAGAAUGAACUGAUCAUCAAAGAAAGGGAAGCUCUUCAGCUACAGUAUAGAGAAUGUCAAGAACUUCUAAGUCUCUACCAGAAGUACCUAUCAGAGCAGCAAGAGAAGCUCACCAUGUCACUCUCGCAACUUGGUGCUGCUAGAGCACAGGAGCAGCAGAUAAGCAACAGGAAAAGCACUCACCAACCUUCAUUGAUGGACCUGGAUGGUUCCUACCUGAGUGUAGCCAAACCACAAACUCACUGUCAGACCAAGGCAAGACCUCAGUCAGCAAACCUGGGCUCAGCUUCAGAAUCCCUUAUGGCAAUGAGGAGCAAUUCUUUGAAACCAAUAACACUUUACCAUCCCAAAGAGGGUUUAGAAAGAGUGUCAUCAGAAACCAGAACAUGUAUUUAUCAAUCUCCAGAGAGGAAACCAAUAGAUGCAACCCCAGUAGAGAAAGCUCUACCAGAAGAGUUGAAGAUCAAGGAAUAUCCACACCUUCCACCUGCUCCAUCUAGCCAGUGCUGUGGUCAUAAAUUCUCUGAAAGUGAAAGUUAUGUUCAUGAGAACUAUCAUUCUACAAACAUGGCCCCUCAAUAUUCUAAGACACAUCCAGAAUCAUGCAGUCAUUGUGGGAUUUCCUGGGCACCUCUCAUGCAUGGUAGAGUGCCACAGCAUUCCAGUGAAACUGACAUCAAAAAGCAGCUCUCAGAAGAUCGAAGGCAACAAUUGAUAUUUCAGAAAAUGGAACUAGAAAUUGAAAAGGAACGCUUGCAGCAUCUGCUGGUCCAGCAAGAAACAAAACUACUUCUUAAACAGCAGCAGCUGCACCAAUCCCGACUGGAUUACAAUAGGUUAAGAACUCAAGCUAUGUUUACAUCUCAAGAACUGGUUGCUGAUAAGGAGUUUACUAAAUCCGAUCUGGAUCUGAAUAUGAAUGGGAGUGACUGUGGACCAAGUUUAUUAAAGUUGAAAUGUGAUGGACAGCUGCAUGAAACCUCAUCAUCCUUUAAAAUAUGCCCAAGCUCUCCAAGCAGUGGACAAAACAGGAGGGAGAAGAAGACAGUUGCCUUUCAGUCACAUGUGGAGGAUGAUGCCCAGAGCAUAUGUCAAGAGAAUGAUACAUGUAGACCUCAGAGAGAGACAGUGACAGGAGUUAGAAAAGAUGCAUCCACAUCUCCUAUGCCAACAAGAAUCCCUAAGGGCCCUGUGACCCCAUCCUUGUCAUCACCCCAGCAAAAUACCUCAAGGUAUGAGACAUCUCUGUUGGAUUUGGUUCAGUCACUGAGCUCAAAUUCUGCUCCCAAAUCUCAGUCCCAUUCCUCCAGACCAGCAGGGGCAUGGAGUACUUUCCGACCUAGCCCUCAGAAAUCGACCUGGAAGAAACUGGGGACACUCAGGAGCCCUGAAGACCUGGAGGAGAGUCAGAUUCUGGAAGACAUAUUUUUCAUAUGACUGAAGCACAUGCUACACAUUUCCAUGAGAAGUCUUAGUCUGCCUGCCCUGGCUGCACUGAGUCUAGGAAAGCUCUGCUGAUUAUCCUUUCUGGCCCAGAUCUAAAUCUCUUCUCUUCAGGCUGAACUCAGUCCUGUUGAUUUUCCCAGCUGCCUUCCCUUGGAGCCUCUCAAUUUCGUACUCUUUCUCAGAGGCAAAUGAAAAGGCACAACUAAAACACUUGUAGUCAUUCCCUUUGGAAAUUAAAAGUUCAUUGAAGAUUCCAUUUUCUGUUUCAACUUCAUCCUGAAAGUAACUAGAACAGACUUGCUCCAUUUCAAAACACCUUUUUUAGGAUAUGUCUUUGGAGUGGCAGAAAUGGCCAUUUUCUCAGUUAGGUUUCACUCUAUCCCAUGUGUCACAGGCAGCUUAACUAUAUUGAUUCCUUUAGGCCUGCUAUAACCAUAGUCACUUGUUCUGAGCAUCCAUGUUCUUACUACUCCAAAGUAUGUCCCCAGAAGGAUAAGCAAUAGAAUCUGAUUUUUUUUUAAUAAGCUUAUUUACUCAUAGAAGAGUCAUAGCCUAAAAACCAUAGGCUUUUUGUGAUGGAGUGAUAUGCAGUGAAUGGAAUUUAAUUGCCUUUUCACCUCACCAACAUGGAAGUUUGGAAGGGAAAAAUGAGUUUUCAGGGGAGCAUCAAUCAACACACAUUUGUACUUCACAUUCCCUGCCAGCUGCCUUCUCUCUCCUGCAGGCAUUCCAUUUUUGCACUGUUGUAAGGGUGUUAGGAAGUGACUUUAUUAUUAAUUGGAUGAUAUGUGUUAACAUUUUAAUCUGUAUUAAAUUUCUUUUGAGAUAUA